AUGGGCGAAGACGUGGAUGCCGCUGCCGGAGACCCCGGCGUCGGCGAUAGCUCCGGGCGCAGGGCCGAUCGUGCCGGCGCAACAAGGGGUCGGGACGAUCACAGGAACCGGAGGCGGCAUUCCCGGCCGCAAAGUGCACAUGUUGCGGACGAUGACGAAAAUGACGCCGACUCGGAUGCCGGCUCGGAUUACAGCUCCGUUUCCGUAGACGAACUCCCGCCUAUCCGGGCCUACGGGCAUACUUACUACGGAUCUGGCGCCCUGCUCAUGCCAAAUGACGAAUCCGAGCGUGCUCGUCUGGAGAUCCAACAUCAGCUUUUCAAACUGUGCCUGGAAGGUAAUCUGACGGCGACGAAACUUCCUCGAGAUCAACCACUCAGCAUUCUCGACAUCGGGUCUGGGACGGGGAAUUGGGCCGUUGAGAUGGCGCAGCAGUACCCGCAAGCAAAAAUCAUGGGCGUGGAUAUUUCUGCCGCGCUCUUGCCAACCAACGUUCCCCCCAAUGUCCUAUUCGAAGUCGAGGACGCAACCGACCUCUGGGACCGGGAAAAGGACAGCCUCGACUUUGUGCAUAUGCGCAAUCUUGUCGGCGGGGGUGUUCCGGAAUGGAAACCACUAUUCCAACAGGUCUACGAGCACCUCAAGCCAGGCGGGACGGUCGAGUUCUCCGACGUUAGAACACGGUACUUUGACCUCGUUGACAGCAGCGGAGACGAGCCAACGACAAUGACGGACGAUGAAGAAAAGGGUGGCCGCAUGACAGCUUGCCGGGAGUUCGAAGUGCGAUUUGCACAGAUGGCGGAAAAAGCGGGCGUGAACUUCGAUCCUAUCCCUAAGAUUCCUUCCAUUUUGACAGACGUGGGCUUCGAGAAGGUCGGCCGUUGGUCGGAUCUCGUGCCCAUACAGGCUGUCGGUCACGAUGAGAAGAUGGUCAGGAAAGGAGCGCAGUUCGCUCAGAUGAUUGAAUACGGACUCGAGAACUACUCGCUUGCCGUAUUCGCCAAAGGAGGAUGGGAUGAGGAUAAUACCCGGGCCCUCAUUCAGAGAGUUCACAAGGAGUCGCGCGACCCUGCGAACGAAGCGUACGGAAAGGUAUCUUUCGUGACGGCCAGGAAGCCGAUGCCAUAA